GUCUCUUGUUGGGGCGGCCCGGCAGCAGACCGAGAAGGCGAGCGGGUAGGAGAGAGAAAUGGCGAAGCGGCGGGUGGCCUUGAUCCUGGCUGGUUGCGGCGUCUUCGAUGGCACUGAGAUCCACGAGGCCUCCGCGGCCCUGGUUCAUCUCAGCCGGGCUGGAGCAGAGGUAAAGAUGUUUGCACCCAACAUUGAACAGAUGCAUGUUGUCGAUCAUUUAAAAGGCAACCCCAAUGACGAAAAGAGGAAUGUCUUAGUGGAAAGUGCCAGGCUCGCAAGAGGUAACAUCCAGGAUUUGGCUGAAUUAAAAAUUGGUGAAUUUGAUGCUGUCAUUUUCCCAGGGGGCUUUGGCGUAGCUAAGAACCUGUGUUCCUGGGCCGUACAAGGAAAGGACUGCACCGUCAAUGAGCUUGUGAAGUCCACCCUUGAGGCAUUCCAUAGCGCAAAGAAACCCAUUGGUUUGUGCUGUAUCUCCCCUGUGCUGGCAGCGAAAGUCUUCCCAGGCUGUGAAGUCACCGUUGGUCACAAUAAAAAUGUAGAUGGAAGAUUUCCUGAUGCCGAAACGGCAGCUGCGAUAGAAGAGCUUGGAUGCAAGCACAUUUGUAAAAAUGUGAAUGAAGCCCAUGUCGAUUCCGCUAACAAAAUAGUCACCACUUGCGCAUUCAUGUGCAAGGCCCCUUUGCAUGAAAUUUUUGAUGGGAUUGGAAUCAUGGUUGCCGAAGUCCUGAAACUUGCCUGAAGAGGGAAAUGAAACUAAAGUAGCAUUUGGUGGUUGCUGGGAAAUGUAUUUAACAAAUGAAGCUUAGUGUGAUUGAUUGAAUUAAUAACAUUUAUUCAGCUACUGA